AUGGAAUUCUUCAUGUUUAAAACAAUCACAGAUCUUAAGUUUUAUGAGUAUAACUACACGGCAUUUGAUAGUUCUAAUACUAGCUCGAUUUACAAUGAUGUGUUAUUCUACUCGGCCGAAAAGUUAAAGACAAAACUGGCUCUACUUGAUUCUGAAACUCUAAUGGAGUACUCUCAACAAAUGAAUGAGUUCAUUUUGAUUUGCAAUUUUGCCGGCAAACCUUGCAAAGAGAAUGCCUGGAUUAUUAAACACUCGUAUGAGUACGGCCUUUGUUACGAGUUCGACCCCGAAUACCAGAUGUGUACGGACCCGAGAAUACAGUCCGGCUGUGGAAAUGUAGCCUCAGCAGGCCAGCAAUAUGGGCUCGUAAUUCUGCUGAAUGUUGAUCAAGAACAAUCCAUUCCGUUUGUGACGUCAUCGACUGGUGUGUUAGUCAUACCGUCACAUAAAUACCAUGAUCAUGUCGAAACAAAUCAAGGGAUAUUUGUGCCUACUGGAUUCGAGGCAAACGUUGCGUUGAGAAAGCUAUUAUUAGUUUAA